AUGCGGCAACAGAUCAUGGAUCUUGAGGCAGAAAAGGAGGAGUUGGUGUCGGAACACGACAAGACUUUGAAAGCAGUGAGGGAAGAGCACACACAAGUGGUGGAGGAUUUAAACUUGAGCAUGCACGGGAAGCUGAGGCAGGAGUAUGAAGCAUCGCAUUUGCUGCAGCAGGAGCUGGAGGAGUGCAGGCAGCAGCUGCAGAGCGCAGAGACCGGCCAUAAGCGAGCGAUUGAGCAGCUCACCAACUCCUACGAGGAGGAGCACCGGUUCCAACUUCAGCAGUGCAAGGACAAGGCGCAGUGGCAGAAGAUGGAGUACGAGCUCAUACUGAAGACGAUGGCGGAGGAGAUCUUUGCCUUACGAUGCAAGUACAAGGCCAAGUCAAAAACCAUGAGGGACAUGAGUGCCCAGUACAAGGAUGAAGCCAGGAUCAUGAAGAAACGGUUUGAGUGCCUGGGGGAAAUCAAGAGUAAAAGGAUUGAGAAACUUGAGGCAGAGGUGAAGAAGAACCUGAAUAUCAUUAGCAAUCUGGAAAAUGACGUCUUGGGCCUGAAACAACAGAUUAUGUUGAGGAAUGAAAACAUUCAGGAAAAAAACUCAAUCAUGAUGGAACUGAAAGAAAAGAUGCAAACGCUGCAGACAGAGAAGUUAGUGCUACAGCUGAGGGACAUGCAGCAUGACUGCAAUGUGAAAGAGAUGAAGGAGGAGUUCACUCAGGAGACCAAGGCUAUGCGGCAACAGAUCAUGGAUCUUGAGGCAGAAAAGGAGGAGUUGGUGUCGGAACACGACAAGACUUUGGAAGCAGUGGGGCAAAUGGUGGAGGAUUUAAACUCGACCAUGCACGAGAAGCUAUGGCAGGGGAAUGUAGCCUCACAUUUGCUGCAGGAGGAGCUGGAGGAGUACAGGCAGCAGCUGCAGGGUGCGGAGACCGGCCAUAAGCGAGAGAUAGAGCAGCUCACCAGCUCCUACGAGUCCAGACUGGAGCAGCUCACCAGCUCCUACGAGUUCAGACUGGAGGAGCACCGGCACCAGCUUCAGCAGAUUUCAGAAAUGAGGGAGAGGAACACUGACCUGCAAAGCAUGAAAUUCAUUCUGGACAACCGUGUUAAAGAACUGACAACGCAGAUCAAAGAGCUGAAGAUGGAGGAGGAACUGAUCCAGUCCAGCGCGCAAAAAUCCCGGCAGGAGAGAAGCAUCACAGACCUCAAACUGAAGCUGAAUGCCAAAGACAAGGAUAUGCGGAAAAAAAUGGAGAGGGCAUGCGAUACAAGUACUGUGGUGAAAAGAUUCAAGGCUGACCUCCUUAGCUGUGUGGGCUUCAUACAGGAUCCCAAGAGGCUGAAAGAAAGUGUGCUUCAGAUGCAUGCGCGGUACAUACGGCAGUCUGAUGAAGAUCUCCUGCGGCAGGACCUGGGCAAGCUGAGAGACGGCCGCGAGGAGGUCGAUGUUGCCAGGAACAUGGUGAAGUCUCUCCAGAGGAAACUGUCCAAAGAGACUGAGUUCCACAGCACUCAAAGAUUCAAACUGAUACAAGAAAAUUCCACCUUGAUCAAAGAGCUCAACGAUUUCAAAAGAGCGCUAAAGGACUCUCAAGAUAAGGUCCACGAUUAUGAGAACCAGUUGUCAGUUUACAGGAGGAAGAAGCCAUCCAAUUCCUCUGGCACCAAAGGGCCAGGGUCUACUUCAUCCCCGCGUACGCCACACAGUCUGGCGACUAAUCUCACCCGUAAGGAGGUAGCGCAGAGGUUGAUUCCCUGGCAGCGUGCUUAGAUCGAACGGCUCCAACAGAUCCUCAACCCAACAGGGAAGUAUUCACCAAUACCUACCCACAACACCCUCUCACCUACUAAAAUACCCUCUU